AUGUGCGUCGUUGGUGAAGGGGCCCUUGAGGUACGCCUGCGGCUACGUGCUGGGCGCGUUCUGCAGAAUGGCGACGACGUACCGGACGCAGGAGACGAGCAGCCUCGCGAAGUCCAUCCAUCAGGAAGUGCAACUCUAGAGACUCAGCCGUGGACGAUUGUGAACGUGAAGAUGGCGGAGAAGCGGCGGCGCCGCCUGGCAGACGCGGGCCUCCACAACGCGACGCGCGCCCCGCGCCCCGCCGCCCACGCCCACGCCCGCGCCCACGCGCCCAAGCACCGCAGCCCGGCCCUCUGCGUGGGCGUCUACAAGCGCUUCCACAUCUGCAACGACAAGCCUUGCCCGCCGGGAUCAAAAGACUUCCGAUUGCAGCAAUGCGAAGCGUUCAACAGGAAGCCGAUGGCAGGCCAGUUUUAUGCGUGGAUUCCUUACAUGGACGCGCCGAACCCGUGCGAGCUCAACUGCCGGCCCAGGGGGGGCACGUUCUACGCGCGGCUGAACGCGACGGUGGUGGACGGCACCGAGUGCCCGGCCAGCGCCGCCACGCCGCCUGCGCGCCACGCCGCCCUCGCCGUCUGCGUCUCCGGCAUCUGCAAGACGCAACACAAUGUUUAG